AGCAAAACGUUAAAUCCCUCGCUCUUAACGUCCCCAUUGGCAUCAUCUUUUCAUCCUGUCGUACGGAGGAAAACUCUGUUCACGCCUCUUCUAAUCAAAUAUCACGACCUAAAGGUACAGAUUCAGCGAUUCUCUUUCUGUAAAGGUCUUCGUGGUUUCGAUUCUAAAAAGUUUUCUAAAUCUUGAUGAUGGCCACAGAGGUUCUUAUUGAGGUAGGUGAUGCUCCGGUAGCUAACAAUGGUUUUUUGGGGAGUAAAGUUUGCGGGGGAGGACCUUGUGGGUUUUCAGAUGCUAACACCAGUUCUAAGGACGCACAAGAGCGUGCAUCGGCAAUGAGAAAGCUUUGGAUUGCUAUUGUACUUUGUGUCAUUUUCAUGAGUGUUGAAGUUGUUGGAGGUAUUAAAGCAAACAGUUUGGCAAUAUUAACUGAUGCCGCCCACCUGCUGUCUGAUGUUGCAGCCUUUGCAAUAUCAUUGUUUUCCCUGUGGGCAUCAGGUUGGGAAGCCACCCCUCGGCAAUCUUAUGGGUUCUUCAGGAUUGAGAUUCUUGGCGCCUUGGUCUCUAUACAAUUGAUUUGGCUUCUUACUGGGAUUCUCAUUUAUGAAGCCAUUGAACGACUUUUACACGAUUCAGGCGAAGUCCAGGGCUUCCUAAUGUUUGUUGUAUCUGCCUUUGGUUUAGUAGUUAAUAUCAUCAUGGCCGUCUUGCUUGGGCAUGAUCAUGGACACGGUCACGGACAUGGUCAUGACCAUGCGCACGGACAUGUUCAUGACAAACACAGGCACGAAAUUACAGUCAACCGUUACCACCAUAAUCAUGAUGAGGAGGAACCCGGCGAACAUCACCACCACCACCACGCACAUGAGGCAGCAGCAGAUCAUUCAGAGCCUCUGCUCGACGCCGCCUGCUCUGAAGGUGGCACCGAACCAAAAGAUGUUAAAAAGAAGCAAAGGAACAUAAACAUCCAAGGGGCCUAUCUUCACGUCCUUGGAGACUCUAUUCAAAGCAUAGGGGUGAUGAUUGGCGGGGGAAUCAUAUGGUACAAACCGAACUUGAAGAUAAUCGAUCUCUUCUGCACCCUCAUCUUCUCCUUUGUUGUGCUGUUCACAACCAUUAGAAUGCUGCGCAACAUUCUUGAGGUGCUGAUGGAGAGCACGCCCCGAGAGAUUGACGCGACGAGGCUGGAGAAGGGGAUGUGUGAGAUGGAGGAAGUUGUGGCUAUCCAUGAGUUGCACAUAUGGGCUAUAACUGUGGGAAAAGUUUUAUUAGCAUGCCAUGUCAAGAUUAAGCCCGAUGCUGAUGCUGACAUGGUGUUGGAUAAAGUCAUCGAUUAUAUUAGGAGAGAGUAUAAUAUUAGCCAUGUCACCAUUCAGAUAGAAAGAGCGUAGUUACGGUUCGAAAUGACUUGUGUUCUUUGUUGCUUGUAUGGUUAACAAAUUUUCAGUGUUACAUUAAGGGAUCACUUUUUUAUUAUCAUUCAUUUACCAUUUUAUGUGUAUUCAAAUUGCUCAUCAGUUCCCUUCAAAAAUAACUUACUCAUCACUUC